AGUACCCCCGUCUACCGGCUCACAAACUCUGCUGCUUCCGUCCUUGCUUCUUCCUCUUCCUUCAUCUCUUCCGUCACACCAGGGUGUCGAUCGGGCCCUCUUCGCCACCUCCAACGCCACGGAGCAGUCCUCGUCUUCUCCAGCCUCAGUCGACCCGCCCUAUCGUACUAGGACUUUGGAUUCAUCAUCUCAUAGGUACCAAACCUGUUGCUGGCUCCGUUAUAAUGUGUUCCCACUGGUCUAAUCCAAGGGCUCUUGUUACCUGCGUUGGUGGAUUGCCCUGUGUCUGCAGCAGAGGCAAUGGGGACAUGUAAGUUGAUCAUGACGGUCGAACUUGCUCGUGGCCUGAUUCACAGGGAUGGGCGUGGUUCUCCCAGCGCCUAUGUCGAGCUUUGCUUUGACGGACAACGGAUCCGCUCGACAAGCAAGGAGGAAGAUCGGAACCCGGCGUGGAACGAGAGCUUCUGGUUUGAUGUGUCACCGGAUCCAUCUAAUAUUCAUGACCUCGUUCUUGAAGCUAGUGUGUAUAACACCAACGAAUCAAUCCAAGGUCGCGGAAAGUAUUUUCUUGGCAUGGUCACACAAAAUGUGGCCUCGUUCCACCGCUUCUAUGAACCCACACAUAGACGACAAGCAGCCCUUUAUCCACUGGAAACGCGGCGUGGGAUGCCCAUGGUUGGUGUGAGAGGGGAAUUGCUUCUAAAUGGAUACAUCCUUGAUGAGAGCCCCAUCAGAGCUCCCAUCCCGUCUUCAACACCAAUGGGCUUAUGUGUGGAGGUCAUAAAUGCUACUAACCUCAAGCCAGUGGACUACCCGGUCGUUGUUACUAAAACAUCUUCAAAUGACUUUAGCGACCUUACUCUUAGAAAAUGGAGAAAUGUGUUACAGAAAUCAUUGGGGUAUGGAUCCCUAGAAACAAACGACGAACAAAUAAAGAGAUGCAUCCAAAUAGGUCUAAUGUGCGUGAACCCUAACCGCUCGAAUAGGCUUCCGAUAAUGAAGGUUAUCCGUAUGCUCCAAGGAUUGGAAACUAUCAGCUGUGACAUUAGCAAUGAGACAACAACAUAGGAUAAUGUGGCGAGCCGCUGGAUGACCCUUGUAAGAGACCAUGCAUGGGCAGGCAUUAUCUCGAUCGGCUUCUUCACGAAUAUUCUCGAUUGUGUAGCAUGAUGAAUCAUUUGCAUUGGAUGGUGUGUCUAUUGUUGAACUUAAAUAUAGUUUAGGACAAUUCAUGUAUUGCACUGCCUGUCCAAAUUUGUAUAAUUGUUGGAUGGCUGGAACGCAUGUUACAUGAUCGAUCUGAUGGAACCUCGUGAAUCGCAUUGCGUGUUUGUACAUUAUCUCAAGGCUGGAAUUCUUAGGUGCUCGUGGGGUUAAUUACUUAGCCCUCAUUUUCUUAAGUCAGCCUCCUUAUUACUGUUAAAAUGUUGUAUUAGCUUCAAACAUAUA